UUAUUUCCCUCCGCCUCUCCGCUGCAUGCCUGUCUGCCUUGCGUAACUCUGCCGCUUCCUCGCUUGCUGCAACCAUCCCAGCUCCUCAGACCACUGCUCGCCGCCAUUCGCCUCUCCUUGAUCGCUGCUGCCGCGCCACCACUCCCACUUCACACGCACUGCCUGCUUGCUCGCCCCCUCAGUUCGCGCUGACGUGGAAUGGCGUCCAUGGCUGCCACGGCAGUGGCUGAUUGCCGCACAUUGCGGUGUAUAGGUUCGACACCCUCGUCGCAAGGCCGUGUGACGCACGUCGCCUCUCUGCCUGCUCGUCGCAGCCCCCAGGCCGCAUGCACCCAUCGCUCGUUAUCCAGCGUAGCUCGCAUCAGCUCGUGGCAACGCUGCGACUCGCGUCGAGCGGCUCACCUAGGCGUGGGGCGGCCGGUGGGCGUGCGGGCGGCAGCGGAUGAGGAGGUGGAGGAGGAGCUCAUGAUGAUCGAGGAGAGCGCGCUGGAGCGCAUGGAGAAGACUCUGGACAGCGUGAGGGGCAACUUCAACACCGUCAGAACGGGCCGAGCCAGCCCCGCCCUGCUCGACCGCAUCGAGGUGGAGUACUACGGCGCCAACGUGAUUCUGAAGAGCAUCGCUCAGAUCGCAGCCCCCGACGCCUCCAUGCUGCUCGUCACGCCCUUCGACAAAUCCAGCAUCCCGUCCAUCGAGAAGGCCAUCAUGAAGUCGGAUGUGGGCCUCACGCCCUCGUCUGACGGCAACGUCAUCCGCCUCUCCAUCCCCCAGCUCACCGCUGAGCGCCGAAAGGAGCUGCUGAAGACGGUCUCAAAGCUGUCGGAAGAUGGCAAGGUGGCGCUGCGCAACGUGCGCCGCGACUCCCUCAAGGCAUAUGAGAAGCUGCAGAAGGAUAAGAAGAUCUCAGAGGAUGCUCUCAAGGACCUCUCAAAUGACAUUCAGAAGAUGACAGACGACUAUGUGAAGCAGAUUGAGACCGCCUUCAAGCAGAAGGAGAAGGAUCUCCUCACGGUUUGAGUCACACCAGGAGGAAAGCCUCAGAGGGCGCAGUGUGCAGAGUGUAGUGCCCUUGACAAUGGACAGCCCUCAACUUCCAUGCGCUGCUGCAGCAGCAGCUGCUCAUGUGUUGGAGGUGCCGUUCCCAAGUGUUGUGAAACAAACUUGGGGGCGAUGGAUGUAAGCUUUGCAAUCUGCAGAAGCUUGGCAGAGGGGGGCAUGCAGCUCAGGCGCUCUAAAGCGGUAGUCUUACAGAAUAAGUGAUGCGUUGUAUUCGGCACGGCAACAUGCUGAUCUGAGAAAUGCCAGAACUGCACCUUCUAUGAGCCGCUCUCUCAUGACCCAUGCAUGUCUCGAACAUGCAGCAGCCACAAGCGAAGCCAGAGGAGCCUGAUCAGCUCCAUUUCUGAGGGAAUUGGGUGGAAGCUUCCGUCCUGCAUUGUGCUCGGUGCUGUCAAUCACAGAUGCAUUUCCGUGGGCCAUGGCAUGGCAUGGUAGCAUGGCUCAUGUGAACGACAGGAUUGG